GUCAGUUUCAAUCAAGUAGCUGGCUUGCUGUUUAGGGCUAAAGUGAGUGUGCCGGGUGACUGGGUUAUGUGUGCAACAGCGAGGUCUCAAUGCAAUAAACGGAGGGAGGAAUACAGCUAAUUAUUUCGACUUGAAAAUACAGGGAAACAAUUGAGCAGGUCUCAACGAAUACUGCUCGAGAAAUGCGUUCUGCACGGAAAUGGACUAUCUGCACGAUAAGCAUCCUUCUGAUUUUCUAUAAGACAAAAGAAAUAGCAAGAAGUGAGCAGCACCAGGAAGCGCAACUCACUGGGGAUGGCGAGCUUUGUCCGACCAGACUAAUGGUAAAUAAUUCUGAUAAAGUCAAUGGAAGACAGGUUUUUCCACAACAUUCAGUGGAAGGCUGGAAGAUCAACUCAUCUUUAGUAUUAAAUAUUAGGAAAGAUAUCCUUCGAUUCCUAGAUGCAGAAAAGGAUGUGUCAGUAGUCAAAAGCAGCUUUAAGCCUGGAGAUGUCAUCCACUAUGUGCUAGACAGACGUCGGACACUCAACAUUUCACAUAAUUUGCACAGCCUACUGCCAGAAGUAUCACCAAUGAAAAACAGGAGAUUUAAAACUUGUGCUGUAGUUGGCAACUCAGGAAUUCUUCUUGGCAGUGGAUGUGGAAGAGAAAUUGACAACCAUGAUUUUGUAAUAAGAUGUAAUUUGGCACCAGUGGUGGAGUUUGCCGAAGAUGUAGGAAACAGAUCUGAUUUCAUCACUAUGAACCCUUCUGUUAUACAACGAGCAUUUGGAGGAUUUCAAAAUGAAACUGACCGAGAGAAAUUUGUUCAAAGGCUGGCAAUGCUGAAUGAUAGUGUUCUCUGGAUUCCUGCCUUCAUGGUAAAAGGUGGAGAGAAGCAUGUAGAGUGGGUUAAUGAGCUGAUCCUGAAGAAUAAAUUAAAAGUACGAACUGCAUAUCCAUCACUUAGACUCAUUCAUGCUGUGAGAGGAUAUUGGCUGACCAAUAAAAUUAACAUCAAGCGCCCAAGCACAGGACUUCUAAUGUACACCUUGGCUACCCGCUUCUGUGAUGAGAUUCACCUUUAUGGGUUUUGGCCAUUCCCCAAGGACUCCAUUGGAAAGCCUGUUAAAUAUCACUAUUAUGAUGAACUUAAAUAUCGAUAUUUUUCCAAUGCCAGUCCCCAUAGGAUGCCGCUGGAAUUUAAAACAUUAAAGAUGUUGCAUAGUAAAGGUGCUUUGAAAUUGACAACUUCUAAGUGUUUAGAGGCAUAAAGUGCUAUGCUUGGAGUCUCUUGUGCCCCAGUGGCGGACCACUUAACUUGCCAUGGAUUUGACAGUGAAGAGUGUUCUUAAUUGAUGGACUGACAACAUAAAAGGGGGAUCAAUGGAGACUAUGCUGACAGCUGAAAGAAAUGAAAAGAAAACUGAAUGUAAGAGAUGUGUACCAAAAUAUCACCAAGCAACACACAAGACAUAAAUGCUGUUAAUUUUUUGUUUUCUUAUAUUCUGUAAGAGCACUUGUGGACAGAUCAUUUUAGAAAAUAAAAACAAGACAAAAUAGGCCACUUCCGAUUGAGUUGCUGAAACAAAAAAUGAAAGCCUUUUGCUUGAUUGGUGCAUUUGUAAAGAAAAAUGAGAUAUUCUAAAUUGCUGCCAGUUUUUUUUUAUGUUGGAAAGACAUUGUUUUACUUUAUUACCCUUUCCAGUUAUUCUUAAAUUAUGAUAUUUUUCAUUAAAAUGUCUACUAGUGAGGGCUGAGAGGUUAAAGACAUUGAGAAUGCUGUCACAUGCCAGUAGCAGAAGUGAUGCAGCCCGCCCUGCCUCAUUAUUACUAAUGUGCCAUAGCUUUGCACAUCCGUAAACCUGUUUAAAGGGUUAUCAGCUGUGACGGCAUGGUGCAAUAAAAUCUCUAAACAUGAAGGAUCAGAAAAUGAUCUCUAAAGGUUAUGUAUAUUGUAGAAGCAGGUUAGGAUGUUUUUAAAUUCCAAGUAGGUGCCCUUAAUUUUGGUACCAAAGAUUCCGCUUGCUGUUAAAGUACAGACCUUAUAACUAAAAUACUGUGUGAAAAGUUUAAUGCUGUAAUGUUGUGAUACUUAGAGGCCUCAGGCUAAACUAUUUUUCUAUUUGUAAAUGUGCUGGUGCAGUGAUUACCAGUAUAUUGUCUUUUUUCCUCUCAUAAGUUGCCAAACUGGGAUUGCUGCUUAUUUAAAAAUAAAUCAUCCACAGUACACUCUCUCUAGUAGUACACAUUUUAAGACAUACUAUGGUGUUAAAACCAUAUUUUUCUAUAGGAAUAUGAAUGUUAUUAUUAGAUAGCGCAAAGUAACCAGCUACUGUAAUUGUAAAAAUGUGAAUUAGAUACUAGUGAAAGUUUAAAAAAAAAAAAAAAAAGUUGCUGCAUUGAUUUGCUGGCUUCUUAAUGAAAUGUUCCUGAGCUCAGGACAAAGCUUUGUAAAGGAAAAAAUAUAUAUACCAUUUUUCCAUAAUGUUGCCCACAUUUCAAUUUUAGGAUCUUUUUUUAAUGAGUUUGAGGUAAUUUAUGUUGAAGAUGUUCAUGCUUUAUUUACAGAAUACCUUUAAAAGCAAACACAAUCAAUUAACAUAUCAAUAUUUAUCAUAUUGCUAUCAAUGCUUUCUUGGGCUUUUCUCUGUUUUCUUUUUUAAUUUACAUAUGAUAAACUAUACCAGAUUUAUAAAAAAUAUUUAUGUAUGUAUUGUGGUGCAUACUUUGGGUUACUUUUACUGCCAUUAUGGGCUCUUUCUCUUCAGCAACAAUGGCAGUAAAAUGGUGUGCAUUAACAGGUUAAGGGAUCAAAAUAACUGAGCACCAAACUCAGAACUGAAAUAGAAGUUGGGCUUUGACAUUAGGUUGCUUUUUAAAUGUUUUUUUCUUUGUUGUUGCAGAUUUGUCUUUAUUAAAUAAUGUAAUUUCAUAACAGGAUGCAAUUUAAGUUUAACUUACCAGUUUCCAAAAACUGGCAAAGGAUCACAAAUGCUGACGAGCCUAACUUCACAUUCACGUAAUUCCUUCCCUGUGUUUUCUGAUCCUACAUCAGAACUUCUAAAAAUGAACAAGGGUCUGGCUUCAGUCACUAAAAAAUAGCAAGGUUGCCUCUCCUCCUUCCCAAGUGUAUGACAUUCGCUGAUGACCCCCUGGAGUACUGUAUGUGCCGGCUUCUUGUGCACAAUGAUAUGUUUUGUGAGAAAGGCACUCUUCUUAUUGCCCUUACAGUGAUUGCUACAUAUUGGAUUCUACAGUAAACGAAAAAUGCAAUGGUCAGAAAGUGUUACCCAUUCAGCAUUUUUUCAUUUGUUUUAUUAAUUUAAAUUAAUAAAAAAAAAUCAGAUCUUUGUCCUCUGCCUUUGGGACUGAACGUCUUUGGCGUAUUGACCCAAUAUGUGAAAUUUGUCUUAAAGACAGGAAAAUCAGACAUUUUGUGUUUUAACUUUUGUGUGAGAGUGUAAAUAUACAUCUGUGAUGUAUAUGGCUACCAUAAUUUGUAUGUAAAUACUAUUUGUAUAGGAUAUCCAAAACCGACUUUAAGGUAGUGAAUGUUGUUGGGUUUUUAUUGUUAAAAUAUUUGAUACAGUUGUAAAUAAAAUGGGUUUUCAACUUUCUUUUGUAAGCUGAAUGUUAAAGUUAAUAUUUCUAUGUAUCAGUGAAAAAAUAACAAACUUUUUAAGUCUGACAAACAAAA